CAACGCGGGAUGUUGACAGUGCCUUUAUUGACAAAGUCACAGAGAAAACACACAUACGCUACACACAAGAUGAUCGGGAUGAACGAGAAGACGACGAACGAUCAGAACGUCACGUCCCUUGAAGGGGUCGAGGACACAGCUUCACCCGAACCAACAGAAGAGAUCGAAGAAGAUUCAAGUAAGCCGGUGUCAAAGGGUUAUUUGUAAAUCAAAGUUCCAGCUGCGCAUUGUUAGAAAUAUUACAACCCUUCACGCGAAUGUGUACAGCUACUAAUUUCAUUCUAAGUUACCUCGCCGCACACUACCUAUCAUUACUCUGUGAACCAGACGAAUUUGGGUACCUGUCAAACAUGCCGUGUCAAUAAAUGUGUCUGUUGCUAGCGUAUCUAGGGGGAUUUACUAAAUAAAUAGCAUUUCUCAUGAUAAUAUCUCUCAAUAUAAACAUAAAUCACGGAGGUAGCAAUUAUCCGCAAGAAUGUAUUCAUUAAUUAAUUAAAUAAAACUCAAUUAGAAUCUUCCUCAACAACUGGCAUUUUCUGAGCGCAAAUUAACAUCAGCUGUUCUAGAUCUAUGCAAAUCUUGAUCACUUUCAGUUCGAAAAUCUACUCUACCUUGAGAUCUUAUCUGUCGUAUCUGUUCUGCCAAGCAUCUGUCCUCCCUGGGAAUCUGAUAUAGAAAAUAUUUCCUCGUAGAAAGUAUUUCUGUCAUGUCCAUCGUUUUCCCAGAGGUUUAGCGAAGACCAGGUGAUCUAUUACAACAUGUCACUACAGUGGCAUACCACAGUAAGGCUCCUCGAACUACGAACUCGCACCAUAUCAAUAAAAGUUUAGGAGCAGCAUGCAGGUUGUACGAUACGAGAACGAUGAGGUAGGCGAAGAGACGAAGGAAGAAGAUGGAGGAUUGCGAGACGGCAAAGCUCCUGCGAAAAGUAAAACAGAUGGAGAUAAACAGGGAGGAGAUACAAAAGCUGUUUCAAGCUACGAAGAAAAACAACAUCAGUUGCUGCUUGCGGAUUGUCAGCGACUUAAAAAGGAAAUGACUAAAGUCAGGAGCACCAUUCAGCGGCCACCUUUAAAACCAUUUACGCCGUAUCUUUUCAACAGUCUUGAGCCUUAUUAUAAUCAAUACAUCGUCGAUCACGUGGUUGGUGAACUGCAGGAGGAUCAAACCCAGGAGGAGGAACGCCCGAGAACGAACUAUGGACAGCGAGCCACUUCAUUAGGGAUUGUAGAACCGCAAGUUUCAUGGCGCAUGGACAAUGUUCCUGGACCGUUCAGAUCCUCACGACUCCAAACAAGCACAACUUCGCAGAAAAAAUGGUCCGGUGCAACACAGCACGAUGCGUCUUUGGGAAGUACAAGGUUACCUCCAUUCCCAAAACCCUCAUUUCCAAAGAUCAGUAUACCUGAAUACAGCGCCUCCAAAAUGGACUACUCAAAGGUCUUGAAAUUCAGGAUUGAAAUGGAUCAAAAGAUUGAAAAUUUAAACAAAAAGAAAGUGCGCAUGGACUACAAUAGAACGAUGAAGGAUUGGGAGCGAAUGAAUUUGAACGAAUUAAAGGAGCUCCCGCCAUAUUCGCGAUAUCACGUCAGCAAGGCAAUCAAGACGUAUUUCGGGACUUCAAAAGGCGCCACCCAGGCUGUGAACUCAUUGAGCAAACAUUUAGAAGUAGAGUAAAAGAGGUGUUGUUGUGUAUCCCCUGUUUGUACAUGCGGACUUGUAUAGAACUUUGAACUAUUUGCGUUUGUAUCGAACAUUAUUACCGAGGUGAAGUUCUUAGAGACUUCAAGGCGAGGUUUUUAGUAGCUUCAAGACUGUAUUCUCAGUGAUUUCGACGCUAGUCGUUCAAUUUUAUGCUUCUAAGAUACUGUUUUUGCAGAUUUCACAGUCAUAAAUCAUUCAGUGUUCUGGAAGUUUAACCCAGAGGCCAGUAGAUUUUAGUAUCAUCUGAAAUACUGUAGUUUUGCUUUGCAACGA